GAAAGACAUCAUUUUAAAUGGAAGCUGGGAAGAAGGUAAAAACUCGGAGAGUGAAGAGAGAUGUCAAUGGCCAUUCGAGAGGUAUUUCGGCCCUAAUGUUGGAAAGUUAUACCAAUCCCGAUUUCUCGAAUCGUGGGCCUUUGAUUAGUGUUUGUCCGAAGCAGUUCAAACCUGGUAAGAGCGGCAUUCCGUCGCAAAGUGUGACGAUUAAAGAUUUGAAGCAGUUUCGUGCGCAAGUUCAAGAGGAGGCCGACGACGUUACGGAGGAACUGGAAGAGAGCGCUCGCCAAGUGAAGGAAGAGAUAAAGAAAAUGAAGAUUUCUACAACUAAGGAAGAUAAAAGUGAGGAAAUUUUUAAAAAAUCAAAGAACCUCUCAAAUUUUAUUAAGCAGCGCAAACUUUAUUUGAAGUUUUUAGAAGAGAAGCAAGAGGUUAUUGGCAUCGUAAGGAAGAUCCACAACGAGAUGAUUGAAUCUUGCAAACAUUUGAGAAACAAAAUUGACGAAUACAACGACAUAUGGAACGAAAAGGAAUCCGACUACGCUAAUUCCUCCGAUCAUGAGCUGAUUGAAAAUGAGAAUCCACACAAGCUGUUCUUUCUUUUUGAUUCUGUUAUGCUGGAGGUGAUGAAAAGUCACAUUCCUCAGUGGUCACCUAAUGGUCAACAUUCAAAACUACGAAAGUAUUUUGCUGUGAGGCAAAACCGAGAUCAGUGGAGAAAUAGAGAUUUUCUUCCGUACAAGUACCUCAAUGAGAUUGGAAGAAACUUUUGCGAUAGAAUUUUUAAAGUCGUUCAAAGUUAUGCUGAAUACGAAUCUUUCAGUUGUGAUUCAUCAGAUGCAUCGAGUAAAGAUGUAGAGCCUUUCCACGGACGAGCGUGUAUGCCUGCUUUGGCAGAGGCCGCAUAUUGGUCAACUGAAGAUGAUCGCUCUGAUAUGCCUACUAUUAAAGAGGUUGAAAAUGAAUCGGCGAGCGAUGAAAAAGCUGAUGUCGGAGAUAGUACUGUUAUUAUCAAUCUCUCAGAGCUCCAACGCAACGGACACGAAAUUCUACCAUCUGAUUCGAAUAUGGAAUUGUCCGAUUUUUGCAUUAAUUUGCUAAGAAUUGGAAUGAUUCCUCUGAAAACCCAGAUGGAUACUGGAGCCCGACGUUCCUUGAUUGCUAAAACAGCUCUGCAAAAACUCCCAAAAACCGAAGUGGCUAAACCAGAAUGCAUACCUAAAACCACAAACAUGAUUGAAAUUCAAACCCAUGGAGAAGUUAAGUACGAACUUCAGUUCGGAAUGGGCAAAAAACUUUGCAAUUUCCUGGUUUUGGACAUGCAUAACAAUGAUUUGCUUCUUGGAAUAGAUUUUUUCAGAGCUGUUAGAGCAACUAUAAACAUUGGGCUUGAUAUUGCGGAAUUCUUUGCGGAAGGUUGCUGGCAUAUUAUUAAGGCGAUUAAUGGUAGAAACAACAACUUGGACGAGAUACAGCGCUACAUUCAACAAAACCGUCAAACCUACUCGACUCUAUAUUCGGGACUUUAUCAGAAUGAAAAGACCCUUUGUAGAGAUGAAGCUAGACUUUAUGAGGAAGGAGAUACAUUUUACGGGGAAGAAGAUAUAAUUUACGGGGAAGAAGAUAUAUUUUACGAGGAAGAGUGCAUUUCUUACCAGGAAGAAUACAAAUCUUGCGAGGAAGAAGACAAGUCUUACGAAGAGGAGGGUAGAUUGUACAAGGAAGAUAAAUCUUAUGAGGAGGAGGACGAAUCUUGCGAGGAAGAAGACAAGUCUUACGAAGAGGGCAGAUUGUACAAGGAAGAAAAUAAGUCUUACGAGGAGGAGAACGAAUCUUGCGAGGAGGAGAACGAAUCUUGCGAGGAAGAAGACAAGUCUGAUGAGGAGGGCAGAUUGUACAAGGAAGAAGAUAAGUCUUAUUGGGGGGAGGAUGAAUCUUGCGAGGAAGAGGACAAAUUUUUUGAGGAGGGCAGAUUGUUCAAGGAAGAAGAUAAGUCUUACUGGGAGGAGGACGAAUCUUCUGAGGAAGAAAAUAAGUCUUACUGGGAGGAUGACGAAUCUUCCGAGGAAGAAAAUAAGUCUUACUGGGAGGACGAAUCUUCCGAAGAAGAAGACAAGUCUUACGAGGAAGAGCGCAGAUUGUACAAGGAAGAAGAUAAGUCUUACUGGGAGGAGGACGAAUCUUGCGAGGAAAAAGAUAAGCCUUACGAGGAAGAGAACAAGUUUUACAAAGAGAAAAACAAAUCCUGUGAGGAGGCAAGCCUUUACAAGGAGAAAGACAACCACUGCCAGGAGAAAAGAGCCUCAAAAAGAAAGUCGCCACUCAAUAACUACAAACCAGCUGGAGGUAAGAUGGAUGAAAGCAAGCAACUUUGGGCUUUGAGAAGUCUUCUAGCAUAUGAGGUAGCACUUGAGGAAGAGAGUGAGGAAGAGGUCAGAAUCAAAGAGGAGAACGAUCGUGAAAUUCUCAGAAAGUUUCAGCUCAUGAGAGACGGACUGAAUUAGCUUCGAAGUCCUUUCUCUUAUAUCUGUUGUACUAGCUUUAAUUGUCGUGACGUUUAAUCUUAAUAAACUCUACGUUGUGGAA